AGAACAUCGGGACCUGGCAAUUACCUACAACAAGGAGACUCAUAAUUGAGCCUCAGAUCGCCUCCCAGAUUCCCAGGUCAUAUCCACCAGAAUGACUUCCAAACCUGUGACACUACAGGUGCGUCCUCGAGGGAAGCCCAUAAAGACACUCCCAGACGCUCUCAGCGUGGACAGCAGUACAACGGCGGCCGAAGUAUACUCGGAGCUCGCUAAACACAGCAAAUAUUCUAUUCACCAAUUGCGGGUCACCAAAGGCUCGGACGGCAGUGUCAUCCCGAAUGCAAAAGAUACCACAGUGUAUGCGACUGGCUUACGGGAUCAGAGCACGAUAUAUGUCAAGGAUCUGGGAGCGCAAAUUGGAUGGCAAACCGUUUUCAUUAUCGAGUAUGCUGGACCGAUCAUAAUACAUCCUCUGUGGCUCGCCCUUCGCCCCUACAUCUACCCUGCAGCCCCUCAGAAUGCUUCGCAAGCUCAGACAUUGCUCUGCUGGCUCAUCUGCCUACACUUCGUCAAGAGAGAGCUGGAGACGGUUUUUGUUCACCGUUUCUCGGCUGCCACCAUGCCUUUCCGCAACGUUUUCAAGAACAGCUUUCACUACUGGGCCCUUUCGGGAGCAUUGAUCGCAGCCUUUAUUUAUUCACCAUCGUCUGCUGCAGCAGCAGGCCCGACAUCUGCUCUCAUGUAUCCGGGCUUAAUCCUUUACGUCAUUGGCGAGCUCGGGAACCUGCACUCCCAUCUGACACUGAUGGGCCUCCGGUCGUCCGGGGGCAAUGAGCGUGGAAUUCCACAAGGACCAUUCUUCAGACUUGUUACAUGCCCAAACUAUCUUUUCGAAACGAUCUCAUGGCUGGGAGUCUACCUCGUUAGCGGUCUAAGCUGGGGUGUUCUCAUCUUCAUCUUAGUGAGCGUGCUGCAAAUGGCGCAAUGGGCGAAAAAGAAGGAGCGGAGAUAUCGCAAAGAGUUCGGAGACAAGUACAAGAAGAAGCGAUUUACCAUGCUGCCGGGUAUCUGGUGAAGAGAGGGCCACUGCAGGGCAUUGGGGAGAGUCGGUGAUACAUUUUGGAGGAAUGAAGUGAAAUGCACCCGAGCCCCUAUCGCAGCCGCUAUCGAAACCUGUGUUUUCGCAAAUGCUCGCCAUAAAUACUCUUACAUAUACAUGAAUAGAAGUAGAAAGUGGAAAUCACAGGUACAAGGCCACCACAACCAAGUUUUGGUCCAAAA